CAGUUUGGGCAGCCUUAGGCAGUGAAUCCCCACCGUUGCUGAGACCUGGGGGGUCCAGUCCACACCCACCCAACCGCAUCUCACCCCAUGCCCGUCCGUUGCAGAGAUGGACCCCAGAAAAGCGCCUAAAUACCUCAUCUCUGCCGGGCGCCGCAUCCUCACCAUCGCCUUUGCCCUGCUCAUCUUGGGGGUCCUAACAUGGGCCUACGUGGCUGGGAUCCAGCUGGUGGCCGACCAGUAUCGGAUCAUGGCCUUCGGCCUCUAUGGAGUCUUCCUUGCCGCCCACCUGGUCAUCCAGAGCUUCUUCGCCUCUCUGGAGCACCGGCGGAUGAGGAGGGAGUCGUUGGCCUGUAGCUACACCAAGACAGUGGCGUUGACCAUCUCGGCCUACCAAGAAGACCCCUCCUACCUCUGGCAGUGCCUGGAGUCGGUGCGGGCCACCCUGUACCCCCCAGAGAAGCUGCGGAUCCUCAUGGUGAUCGACGGCAACAGCCCCGACGACCGCUACAUGAUGGACAUGUUCCAGGAGGUCUUCGCCGGCGAGGACGUGGGCACCUAUGUCUGGGAGAACAACUACCACCAGCAGCCCCCACUGGAGGGCGAGGAGGGGGGCAGCGGCUCCCAGGGGGAAGGAGGGGAGGAGCCUGGACCCUACACUGAGGUGGAGAUGGUGGACCCGGGCCAGCUGGCGGUGGAGGAGUUAAUCCGCUCCAGGCGAUGCGUCUGCAUCAUGCAGCGAUGGGGCGGGAAGCGGGAGGUGAUGUACACGGCCUUCAGGGCGCUGGGCAACUCGGUGGACUUUAUCCAGGUGUGCGACUCAGACACCAAGCUGGACCCCGGCGCCACGGUGGAGAUGGUGAAGGUGUUGGAGGCCAACAAGCACUACGGAGCCGUGGGGGGCGACGUGCGGAUCCUCAACGUCUCCGACUCCUUCAUCAGCUUCAUGAGCAGCCUGCGCUACUGGAUGGCCUUCAACGUGGAGCGCGCCUGCCAGUCCUAUUUCAACUGCGUCUCCUGCAUCAGUGGGCCCCUGGGCCUGUACCGGAACGACCUCCUGCAGCAGUUCCUGGAGUCCUGGUACAACCAGAAAUUCCUGGGCACCCACUGCACCUUCGGCGACGACCGGCACCUCACCAACCGCAUGCUGAGCAUGGGCUACGCCACCAAGUACACAGCCCGCUCCCGCUGCUACUCAGAGACCCCCGCCCACUUCCUGCGCUGGCUGGCCCAGCAGACCCGCUGGACCAAGUCCUACUUCCGCGAGUGGCUCUACAACGCCCUCUGGUGGCACCGGCACCACCUGUGGAUGACCUACGAGGCCGUGGUGGCCGGCGUCUUCCCCUUCUUCGUGACGGCCACCGUCCUGCGCCUCUUCUAUGGCGGCAGCCUGUGGGACGUGCUGUGGGUCCUGCUCUGCGUCCAGCUGGUGGCCUGCAUCAAGGCGCUCUACGCCUGCUGGCUGCGGGGCAGCCCCCGCAUGCUCUUCAUGAGCCUCUACGCCCUGCUCUACAUGGGCGGCCUCCUGCCGGCCAAGUACUUCGCCAUCGCCACCAUGAACAAGAGCAGCUGGGGCACCUCCGGGAGGAAGAAGAUGGUGGGCAACUUGAUGCCCCUGCUGCCCGUCUCCAUCUGGGGGCUCCUGCUGCUGGGGGGGCUGGGCUACACCAUCUACCAAGAGGCCCAGCCCGUCUGGACCAGCCUGGUCAAGCAGGCCGAGCUGAAAUACCUGGUCAUCGGGGUGGGCGUCUACCUGGGCUACUGGGCCGGCAUGGUGCUGCUGUACUGGGUGUGGAUCCGGCGGUGCUGCCGGAAGCGGGCCGAUCACUACACAGUCCAGGUGUGAGGCCCGGACACCAGGGUUCCUUGUUAUUCUCUUCCUACCUCACACCCCUGGCCUGGCUGUGGGGAAGCUGGAAGGCCGGAUUAGACAGGGAAGUGAUGGCUAGUGGAAAGAAAAGG